CUCUCAUAGUAAGUACAAAUUCGGAGAGAUCAAUAUUUUUUUGCUGCAGCCAACCAAAGCUCAAUUGAUUGUCAUGGCGGAAGAACUGUCCGAGGAGCGCAAGCUGAUCCUGCAAAAGCGGCGCGAGCUGCGCAAGGCUAAGAAGGCCAAGGCCAAGCAGUUUAAACAGCAGAAGCAGCAGGCACGCCGCGAGAAGAAGGCCGAGAUUGUGGCCAAAAUCCGCGCCAAGCGCGAGGAGGCACAGAGCAACGGCAACAGCGGCGAGGACGGCUGCUGGCUUUGCGGCGAGACGUCGCACCGCAAACAGGACUGUCCGAACCGCGCGGCCGGUGACUUGAACAAGACGUGCUUCCAGUGCCGUCGCCGCGGUCACACGUCGCACAAUUGUCCGCAGAAUGGCAAGGGCGGCUUUGGUGGUCAGCACCAGCAGCAGGCCGCUGUCUGCUUCAACUGCGGCGCCGACGACCACGCACUGCGCGACUGUCCCAAACCCAUGGAGAACGGCGGCACCACAUAUGCCACGUGCUUCGUAUGCGGCCAGCAAGGCCACCUCAGCAGCAAGUGCCCACAGAACAAGAUGGGCGUGUACCCCAAGGGCGGCUGCUGUAAGGUUUGCAAGAGUAUCGAACACCUGGCGCGUGACUGCCCGGUCGGCAAUAUCUCGGCAGACGGCAGUAGCGGCGAGAAGAAGAACAAGAAGACCACGUUCGCGGACGGUGACGAGGACUACGUCGACACGGGCGAUAAAACAGGAGACGCGCUCGACUCGUUCCAACUCGGUCUUGACGGGGAAGACGACAGCGACAAACAGGAAAAAGAACCCAAGAAAAGUAGCAGAGCGCACCCCAAGCGGGUCAAAUUCUAGACACCUCACCUUUCAUGAAUAAACAUGCAUGGCUUCUACCGACACUCACUCGGUCUUCUUGGCGCUCUGGCUCUUAAGAUCGUCCGGGUUGAUGUUGUUCUUGCGCAGCAGCUCGUUGAACUCCUCGUC